CCCGCGCCACCCGCCCACGCCCCCGCCCUCCCGCAGAAGGUCUUUGGGCACCCCGGGCGCUGGCCGCCCAGGCUGGCGCGGCCCGCAGCCUGCCUGGCACUGCUGCUAUGGUGGCACCGGGCACAGGCACGGUGCCAGGCCCACGUCAGGAGCGCGGCGCGGAGCAGCACGCCCUCAGGAGCGAGUUACCAUAGUGAACAAUCCGCGAAGAGGCAGGGUGCUGUGCUCCAGCGGCGGCGCGUCUCUGGAUCGCAGCCGCAGCCGCGGCCGCGGCCUCCUCUCCUGCUGCUGCUGCUGCAGACACUGCUGCCAUCCGCUGCCGCCCAGGGCCGCCCCUUGGCACCUGGACGGCGGCACUCAGCCAGAGGCAUCAGCGGGGUGCCGCGGGGCAGUGACACGCCCCAGCACACUCGCCACACGUCGCGCCACGCACCGCCAGUCACACUCACACGCUGUGCACGCGUCCACGUUCCCGUCGCGACACAGGCAGCGGCAAGGCGCCCCUGCAGCAGGCGGCACCGCACACUGCCACAGUGACGCCCAGUGCUUGGUGAUCGUGACCUUUAUGACAGCGUGUUCGAGUGGCGCCGCGGCCUUCCACUCCCGCCACCACGGCUAUGAUCGCCGCUGACGCCUUCACCGUGGCCACGAUGAACCAGCUGUGCAAGGUGUGUGGAGAGCCCGCUGCUGGCUUCCACUUCGGGGCCUUCACCUGUGAGGGAUGCAAGUCGUUCUUCGGGCGCACGUACAACAACCUGUCCCAAGUGCACGAGUGUAAGAACGGCGGGCAGUGCGUGAUCAACAAGCAGAACAGAACCUCGUGCAAGGCGUGCAGGCUGCGGAAGUGCCUCAUGGUGGGCAUGUCUAAGACGGGAUCCAGGUACGGCCGCCGCUCCAACUGGUUCAAGAUCCACUGCCUGCUGCAGGAGCAGGCUGCCUUCAAUGGCCAGGCCUCCUCCGGCCUGCGCCCGCCCAUCACGCCGACGCUGCAGGAUGGCUCGCUACCCUACGUGGCCAGCCGCCUGCGGGAGGUCAUGUCUCACGAGACACCCCUCAGGCCGCCCGCACCACCGCCGCCUCACGACCUGCCCGCCGCCCUGUCCUCGCUGACGGCGGCCACGCACCUCCAGCAGCGGGAGGGCGGCGGCGGCCAGGAGCUGGAGGGACGCCGCGAGCAGCUGCUGGCGGCGCUGCGUCACUGCCACGCCCUGGAGGCGCCGCGCCGCGCCGCGGACCUGGACCUUCGGCGACCCGUGGACCUGGAGGCGCUGCGCCGCCACCUGGAGCCCGAGGGGGAGCGAGCGGCGGCGCCCUUCGCGCUGCUGGAGUGGGAGCGACGCCUACGUGAGGCCGCGCGCCGCGCCGCACAGCCUGACCUGGAGCGGAAGGCGCCGCAGCCCAUGGAGGUGAAGGUGUCCCAGGUACCAGAGGGCAAGAUGCCUCGCAGCGACCUGCCCGCCGCCUCGCCGGACAUGGACACAACCGCCGCACCACCCAAGGAUGACCAUGACAAGGUCUUCACCGGCGGCGGGGGGCGCGGCUCCCCGGGCGCCUGUGGCCUCAUGACGGAGGAGGAGCGGCUCAGCUUUCUCAAGGCGGUGGCGAGCCCCGCACCCAACCAGCCCCCCGCCACCUGCGGGGUGCGGGCGCCGCCCCCCCACGACCUGCUGACCUACACGUCCCUCAACAACAACCUCUUCCCCUUCGCGCCGUGCCCGCCCCUCUGGUCCUCCGUGCUGCCCUUCCCCCCCCUCGCUAAGUUCUACCCGCCCCUGCCCGCCCCUGCCCCCGCGCCCCCUUCCGUCAAGGCGGCAGUGUUCGGCGCCCCCACCGCCUCGCCCUCUUGCUCACCGUCGCGCUUCGCCAAGGAGGACGCCGCCACCAAGAAGCGCUUCCUGGACGCCGUGCUGCAGGUGCAACGACGCAGCGUCAGCCCCCAGGAGCGCCAGGACGCGCACACGGCCUCGCGCUCCCCACGCUGCGGCCACCAGGCGUCGCCGCCCACCGCCCAGGCCGCCCACGACCAGCCCAUCGACCUCACGGUGAGGAGGAAGCGCAAGAUGGACAAGAGCGAGAUCCAGUACCACCCCGGCGACGACAAGUGGCUGCGCGGCGAGGACGGCGACGACGACGACGACGACGACGAGGACGACGAGGUGGAGGAGCUGCUGGAAGACGACGAGGACGAGGAGGUGACGGAGGAGGAGGCGGUAGAGGAGGUGGUGGAGGAGGAGGUGGCGAAGGAAGGAGAGAAGCAGGUGGAGGUUCCGGUGAAGUUACUGAAGCUGGAAGGAGGAACAGUGAUGGUGUGAAGGAGUGAAGGAAGGAGACGAGGAGGGAAGGAAGGAAGGAAGGAUAUUUAGUCAGAAAGUGCCAUGUCUAGCGAGGGGGCGAGGGGAGGGCGGCCCACCACCCUUCGUCCCCCUUCACCCACGCCAACACCAAGAAAAAAGAAACAACAACAUUCUUUUAAUAGUACUGUAUUCAUUUUCUCUUUUGUGAGUGUUUAGCCAGUCACAGCUCUCUCUCUCUCUCUCUCUCUCUCUCUCUCUCUCUCUCUCUCUCUCUCUCUCUUUCUCUCUGCCUAUCUCAACACAUCAACAGCUCUCUCGUAUUAUUUUAACGUUUCUUCACCACGUUCCGUUCGGAGUUCCGUUGCCGCUAAGAUAAUCAAGACUUGUGUGGAGUUAUGCGUGUUCCGACAAGUUCCGCAGUGCUCCGUGAAGCAUUCCUGACGCGCCUUAGUCUCUCUUAGCGUUCCCUGAGUGUUCCAAUGCUACUCUGUUCCGUAUGAGGUACUUAAAAGACCCUGCGGAACUCUAUAAGUGGAAAAAGUGUCUACAUCUCAUAAAAGUGUUCCAUUUUCUUGUGUUUUUUUUGUAAGUACACUUCACUUAAGUUUUUUUUAAAGUGACUGGAGUGUAAAGUGAGUCGGUUUGGUGUUUCUACAGUGCUCCUUAAGUAUUUUGUAAGUACAGAGGUGCUUGUAAAGUGUCCACGCGCCGUGUAAGUGCCUUUAAGUGUGUGCCUCUUAAGUGUAAAGUGUUCCGCUGUUCCGCUUGCCACUCCUAACACCCUCUGCUCAUCUGCUGGUGUGUGUGUGUGUGCGUGUGUGUGUGUGUGUGUGUGUGUGUGUGUGUGUGUGUGUGUGUGUGUGUGUGUGUGUGUGAAGAAAUGAUGCAUACUACGAUUCUUUAAUUC